AUGAGAUCAACAAGAUCGAAAAAAAUGUUGGAAAUGCUAAAACCAGCGGGUACCACAAAUCAAGUGAAAUUCAAAGUAAGAAAAUUUUUGGAAUCUCAAGAUAUGGAGACAGAAAAUAGUCAAUAUGCAGAAUCGUCUGUAAAAACAUAUACAAAUUUGACGUCCGUGGAAAUUGAACAUAAAAACACUGAUUCCGAGUUAUCAAUUGAUGAAGAAGAUUCAGGGAGUUCGUACAAGCCCUAUAAAAAGAGUAGUAUAUCAUCCAAAGAUAGUUCAAAUAAUACAGUCAGCUCCAAAGUAUCAAAGUCCGUAUCUGAAGAUGAGUCGGUACAUGGUGAUGAUAAUGAUAUGGAGUUAAAUAUUAUUCAAGAACCUUUUACAAGACCAAAAAAUUAUAAUAGUUUAGCUAUUGUUGAAGUCUCUAAAAGAAAAGCACUGACUAAUAAACGCAUUUGGAAUAAAACCGAAUCGUGUAUUUUUUGUGAAGAACAAAUAACAAAUUUUUCACGUCACCUCAUUAGAAAACAUAGUGAAGAAAUUGAAGUUGGUAAAUUGUUGGCUCUAAAAAAAGGUUCCAAAGAGAGAAAGUGUCUAAUCGACCAACUGCGAAAACGUGGAAACUUUUUUAACAACAUAAGUAAUACGUCAAAAAUUAAACCUAAAAAUGAAAUUGAUGGAAAACGACAAAACGUCCAGGCAAACGCACAAACUCUACUCAUAGCUUUUACAAGUGAAGAUACACAGUUAGUUGAAAAAGUAUUUUCCAGGAUGUCACCUGACGAAGUAUCAUUGGUAGUUAAAGGUGAUACUUUAAUUAGAGCAUUCGGAUCGAGGUAUCUAAAAUGCCACAAAGAAAAGCAUUUGAUAUCUGUGGUAUCAAAUAAAAUGAGAGAACUUGGUCAUUUUUUAAUUGAGAUGCGAAAAUCUGUGAAAACAUGCCAAUCAUUGAUAGAUUGCCUGAAACCUGAACUAUUUGACAACAUAAUAAGCAGUACUAAAUCUAUUUCAGGAUAUGACGCUACCAACGACACAUUUAUGUCACCAUCCUUGUGGUCAUACGAGUUAUCAACUAAUGCUUCAAAAGAACUUUAUCAGCGAAAAUGGAAUAAACCGGCUUUCUUACCAUUGACAUCGGAUAUAAAAAUUUUUAGAGAUUAUUUGUUAACUGUGCAGAACAAUGCUUUAAGCGCUUUAAAAAAAAAUCCACUAGAUAUAAUUUCAUUUAAAGAGUUACAAGAUACUGUACUUGCACAGUUGAUUUUAUUAAAUCGCAAACGUGCCGGAGAAGUCCAAAGAAUAUUUCUAAACACAUAUUUAAAUUGCUCAACUGAGGCACCUCAAGAAGAAGUUGAGAAAUCCCUGUCAUCUGUGGAACGGGAAUUAACAAAAAAAUUUAAAAGGAUAGUAAUACGUGGAAAGCGAGGAAGAGGUGUGCCUAUUUUGUUCACCCCAAAAAUUCAAAAAUCUAUAUCAGUAUUAAUUGCUCUUCGAUCUAAUUUCUGUGAAAAAAGCAAUGAAUAUUUGUUUUUAGUUCCAAAUACAGAAAAUAGCUGCAUUCGGGCUUCAGAAGUAAUGAGAAAAAUGGCUAUUGAAAGCGGCGCCAAAAAUCCAUCUGCAUUGACAUCCACGAAAUUACGAAAACAAGUUGCAACGGUAGCACAACUAUUAAAUUUUAAUGAAGGUGAUGUAGAACAGCUAUCAAAUUUUAUGGGACACUCCAAAGAAAUACACAAAUCUUUUUAUAGAUUGCCUGAUAGUGUAUUUCAAAUUGCUAAAGUUAGUAAAUUCCUACUAAUGAUGGAAAAAGGUGAAGCUGACCAAUAUCGAGGAAAAAAUUUUGACGAAAUUGACGUCAAUGUUGAAGGACUAGUCUCGGAAGAAAGUGACAAUGAAAACACCAAUAUCAGUGACUCGGAAGAUAACGAUAAAAAUCAUCAGGAUCCAGAACCAAUAACUGUUCAACCGACUGCAAUACUUGAUUCAACCACCCCUAAUACCGAAAAACAAGUAAAUAAACUAAAGAAAAAACCAAAAACUACACUGUCAUCUAAAAAAGCUGAAUUAAGGAGUCCUGAAAAAAAACAAACAAAAAAAGGGGAAAAAAUUUGA